AUUCCUCAACAUGUCCUUUUUCCCAACUUGAUCAUCUUAAAUAUAACCAAGCCCCAAGCGAAUUCAACUUCAAGGAACAGGUGCUUUUGGAUACUUCAAUUUUUCCACAGAGUUAGAAAGCUUUUCCAAGCCAAAAUGGCCAUCACUGCCUUCCCAACUGUCGAUAAAUGCGCGUCCAUCGGUCGCGAGAGGGACACGGUGGUGGCGGAUCUGGAUGGAACCUUGCUUAGAGGGCGAAAUUCUUUUGCUUACUUAGCUUUGAUCGCUUUUGAAGCAGGAGGGAUUCUAAGGCUUCUUUUCCUGGUCUUGACUGCACCAAUCGCUGGUCUUCUUUACUAUUUUGUUUCUGAAUCUGCUGGAAUUCAAGUUCUCAUUUUUGCAACAUUUGCUGGAUUAAGAAUUUGUGACAUAGAAUCGAUUGCUCGCGCCGUGUUACCAAAGUUCUACUCUAGUGAUCUUCAUCCGGAGUCAUGGAGAGUGUUUUCUUCUUGUAGAAAACGUUGUGUCCUCACUGCCAAUCCCAGGAUUAUGGUGGAAGCUUUCUUGAAAGAUUUCUUAGGAGCUGACUUGGUUUUGGGUACUGAGAUUGGUACUUACAAGGGCAGGGCAACUGGUUUUGUUAAGAAUCCUGGUGUUCUUAUUGGGAAGAACAAAGCUGAUUCUCUUAAGAAAGCAUUUGGUGAUGAACAGCCAGAGAUUGGAUUGGGUGACAGACAAACUGAUAUUCCUUUCAUGACACUGUGCAAGGAGGGUUACAUUGUUCCACCGAAACCUGAUGUGAAGGCCGUCACACAUGACAAACUCCCGAAGGCCCUAGUGUUCCAUGAUGGCCGCUUAGUUCAGAAGCCAACACCCCUCUUAGCUGUUCUCACCAUCCUUUGGAUCCCAAUCGGUUUCCCCCUCGCUUGUCUUCGGAUCGCAGCUGGAUCACUCCUUCCCAUGUCAAUGGUGUACUAUGCACUCUGGGCACUUGGGGUUCGUGUCACAGUUAAGGGCAAUCCACCACCCCCUGUCAAAAGCUCCUUACGCCGAUCCGGUGUACUCUUCAUUUGCUCCCACAGAACCCUGCUCGACCCCAUUUUCCUCUCUACCGCCCUUGGCCGCCCCAUUCCAGCUGUUACAUAUUCCGUCUCCAGACUAUCGGAAAUCAUUUCUCCAAUUAAGACAGUUAGACUUAGCAGAGAUCGUGCUACAGAUGCAUCCAUGAUAAAGAAAUUACUUCAACAAGGUGAUCUAGCAAUAUGCCCAGAGGGUACUACUUGUCGCGAACCCUUUCCUCUCCGAUUUUCAGCCCUUCUCGCUGAACUAACCGACGAAUUAGUUGUGCCCGUGGCUAUGGAGAAUCGCAUGAGCAUGUUUCGUGGAACAACAGCAGGAGGGUGGAAAGGGAUUGAUCUAUUUUAUUUCUUCAUGAACCCAAGCCCUGCUUGCGAGGUCACUUUCCUGACGAAGUUGCCAGCUGAAUUGACAUGCAAGUCAGGAAAGUCUAGUCAUGAAGUAGCAAACUAAAUUCAGAGGUUGAUUGCUGCCAUUCUUUCUUAUGAAUGCACGAUCUUUACUAGGAAAGACAAGUUUCGAGCACUUGCUGGGAAUGAUGGAACAGUAGUUGAGAAACCUCGGAUCAAAGCAGACAAGGUUUUGGGAUGCUGAUUUAAUUUCCUGAUGCUGGACCACAACCUGGAGAGUACUAGCUUGUAUUAUGGUUUUCCCAGUUGGGUACCUUCAUUAGGAACAUCGGACACGAACACGACCCGUGUUUGCAAAUUCUAAUGUUUCGUGGGUACCUCUGAAUGCAUGAGAAGCUAAUCUGUUGCCUUCUUAAAUUUAGGAAGAAACAAGUCAUGAGAAGUUGGAAUUAUAGUAUAAUGAAUUGAGAUCCCUUCUGUUUCUGAAAA